CUUGCCGACACUGGUGAUAAGCAAAAUUUACGCGUUUAACAAACUCUAAAGUUAAAUUUUGAUUAAAUUCUUAGCAUGAUAAUGUUGUGAUAACAAAUAAUACUAAUCUCUCUACGCAGAGUUUAUUAGUUGUCUGAUACGCCGAACGAUUUGUAAACUUGUAAACCAUAUAUCGCUAGCGCUGUCAAAAGUCGUUUAGCACAAGUUACUUUAAGAAAAUCGGUUCAAGUUUGCCCAAAAUUAAGCAGAAGUAUGGUGACCGACGGGAAUACUAUAUUAGCCGAAAGUUUAAAGAAACAGGGUGUAGAAUAUGUAUUUGGUAUUGUGGGUAUACCCGUAAUAGAGACCGCAAUGGCGUUCCAAAUGGCGGGGCUCAAGUAUAUUGGAAUGCGUAAUGAACAGGCUGCUGCUUAUGCUGCACAGGCUAUUGGAUACCUCACAGGAAAGCCAGGAGUAUGUCUGGCGGUGUCUGGUCCAGGACUGCUGCACUGUGUUGGUGGCAUGGCCAACGCACAGGUGAAUGCGUGGCCAUUGCUGGUCAUUGCUGGUUCCUGUGCAGAGGACCAUGAGGGCAUUGGAGGAUUCCAAGAGUGGCCACAGGUAGACUCGUCGCGGCUGUACUGCAAGUACGUAGCGCGGCCACCGUCGGCGCGCCUGAUCCCGCUGCACGUGGAGAAGGCCGUGCGUCUCGCGUGUGCCGGCCGGCCCGGCGCCGCCUACCUCGACAUGCCCGGCACGCUGCUGCUGAGCGAAGUCGAAGAAGAAAAAGUACCCGAACUCUACAACGCAGAAACCGUGAAGCUAGCCCACCCCGACCCAGCGUUAGUAACUCGCGCGGCCGAACUACUGGCUAAAGCUGAGCGACCUCUAGUCAUCGUAGGCAAGGGAGCUGCCUACGCCCAAGCUGAGAACGCACUACGGAAACUUGUGGCCGACACUGGGCUACCCUUCCUGCCUACUCCCAUGGGUAAAGGUGUAGUGCCGGACACCUCCAUGCAAUGCGUGUCCACCGCUCGCACGCAAGCUCUUCUCAAAGCUGACGUCAUUCUACUGCUCGGUGCGCGCCUCAACUGGAUGCUACACUUUGGUCAGACUCCACGCUUCGAUCCCAAAGUCAAAAUCAUUCAGGUGGACAUCAGCCCUGAAGAGUUCCACAACAGCGUGAAAUCAGAAGUGGCAGUACACUCGGACAUCCAGCCGUUCGUUGAAGCGCUGUCGACAAAACUGAAAGAGAAGAAGUUCUCGCUGUCUCCCUCGCACGCCUGGUGGCAGGCUCUUGCGCAGAAGCAAAAGGCUAACACGGAGUUCGUAGCGGCUCAAGCCAACGACGUGUCAACUCCACUAAACUACUUCGCGGUAUUCAAGGCGGUACAAGAAGCCAUUCCCAAGGACUCCAUCAUCGUCAGCGAGGGCGCCAAUACGAUGGACAUCGGGCGAGGCCUGCUGCUCAACGACUUACCGCGGCAUCGUCUCGAUGCCGGCACCUUCGGCACCAUGGGGGUGGGCCCCGGGUUCGCGGUGGCGGCGGCGCAGUGGUGCCGCGAGCGCGCGCCCGGCAAGCGCGUCGUCUGCGUCGAGGGGGACUCCGCCUUCGGCUUCUCGGGAAUGGAAAUCGAGACGAUGUUCCGCUACAAGCUGCCCGUGAUCAUCAUCAUCGUGAACAACAACGGCAUCUACAGCGGCUUCGACAAAGAGGUCAUGGCCGACAUACAGUCCGGCGGCGACCCCGCGCAGACCACACCGCCGACCGCGCUCAGCGUGCAAGUCCGCUACGAGAAGAUGAUGGAGAUGUUCGGCGAGACGGGCCACCUGUGCCGGACCGUGCCGGAGAUCCAGCAAGCCAUCAAGGCCGCCGUGGCCGUCACCGACCGGCCCAGCAUCAUCAACAUACUUAUCAACCCAGCCAGCAGCAGGAAACCGCAGGCCUUCAACUGGCUCACUGAGUCUAAACUGUAAACGUUUACCCUUGAUCUACCCUUUGAACUCCAUCUGUCAAACCCAAGAACGUCAUACACGCCAUAAUCUCUGGCAUAAGCUAACAAAUUAUAAAAUAAACCGUACUGGAAACGUUGAAGGUUACUUACACAACGUACGCCAUAGUCUCUUAUUAUAAGCGUUCUUGGCUCCACGGGCACGACUUCUUACGCCUUUAGUCCUUGACGUUCACAGGGUUAUCAAUUUGGAAGACUGAUAUCUAACCUACCAGCUAAAAUAGAUACAAAGACGCAUUAAUUGUGUAAUAUAACGUAACGUCUCUGAAAAAAUCUUGCCCAGUUGCCCGCCGAGUUUCGCAAAUUUUUCUUAAGACAUCUAGUACGAUCAAUGAAUCUUUGAUAGCUAUUUAUUCGCAAGCAUGGUGAAAACAUUAUUUAUACUUAUCCAAUUGAAUGUACGAUUUAUGUAAUAUCUGGGUUGGAUAUUAGAAUUAAAUAUUGAAAUCAGAAAAUUAUUUUAAUAUUGUACUUUAGAAUCACAUACUGAGAUAAGGCAUUUUGAUACAAUUUUAUACUGUACAGUGCAAUGUAAGUCACAAUUAGAGUUGCUUAACACUGUUAAAAAGGUGGUUGUAAAUUAUGUAUAUUAUUUUUGUUUAAGGAUAAGAACAAUGGUGCAAUGUAUAUUUAAUUAUGUUAAGAACACCCGUAGCUGCGUUUAUUUGUUUAGUCAAAAGCCGUAAUUUCUACGCUCCUAUAGAAACAGUUUCAUUAAUUUGCAGCAUCUAACAAAAACAAGUGGAGACUGACAAAAUUUGGCUUCUAUUAUAUCUUAUACCUUUACGAGCAAUUCUUAUAUAUACGGAUGUAGUGCGUUUGUUAUGCUACUUCUGUCAACCUCAGUACUUAUUCUGAGACUUACUGAAAUAGCAUAACACGUUCGUGCGUUUCCGUGAAAAUAAAAUAAAAUAUAAAAAACACCGAUGGCAAACAAUUAUACAAUUCAAUUCAAUACUUUAUUCAUAAAAUACAAUUUUACAAGUCAAAUACACUACAUCUGUAUCUAAAUGUACUACAUGGUGCAACAUGGGGCGUAAGUUAAAUAUUGCAAACGAGAGUAUAGUUAAAUCGCGACGGCUUGUCGGAGCGAUUUAUAGACUCGAGUCUGCGAUAUUAUUACGCCACUAGAUACACACAAUGUUUUUCAUCACACUUGCGAUACAAAAAUGAAGUAUAAAGACAAAAAACUGACAAUUAUAAAUACUAGAAACUUCAUUACUCCCUAGGGAAAACGCUUUUUCUAUAGUUCCCGUUAAGCCGGCGUGCAAUUCCACAUUUACUGAGCGAGUGUGAUGAAAAUAUAUUUCGGGGAUCUCGGAAACGGCUCUAACGAUUUCGAUGAAUCGUUGAAAUAAUAAUGGGGUUUUCGGGGGCGAAAAAUCGAUCUAGCGAAGGUAAGGUAAAGUUACAGGGAAAACGCGCAUUUUUGAGUUUUUAUAUGUUUUACGAGCAAAGCUCGGUCUCCCAGGUACUUUCUAUCUGUAAUUGU